CGAUUCGCCUUCAGAUCGUAGAUUUCUACAGUUAUUAUUCUUUAUAUUAUAAUAAUUAGUCGGAAUUUUUAUUAAUAACGUGCAAAAAUAAGAUUUUCGUAAUCAUAUUUAUUAAUAAUGAUGGCUGAAUCAUGAAUAUUUCCCCUACAAAAUGCCCGAGUUUCCACAUCCGUAUCUGUAAGAAUUUUUGAGGAAAUGGGUAGUGAGAGAGCGGAUGUGCUGAUUUUUCAACAUUUACAUCUUUAUUUCUACGAUAAUUCGCUUAGUUUAUUAAAUAACUACUGAAAAUCUUGAAAUUUUUAAGUAAAUUUCAUCCAUUCGUCUAUUGUUUUAACUCAUUUUAACAAAAAUUUCGACGGUUCUAAACAUCAAAUCCUCAUCAUUUGAAGUACCAAAAAAAAAGGAAACCGGAUGACGUCGCGAAUAAAUCGUCCAAUCAAAAUCGUAGUAGUCGGUGACGGAACAGUAGGUAAGACGUGCCUAUUGAUUUCUUACACCACCAAUGCCUUUCCCAAAGAAGAAUACGUUCCUACAGUUUUCGAUAAUUAUUCGUGUACCAUGUCAUGCGACGACGUGACAGUCAGUUUGACUUUGUGGGACACGGCGGGUCAAGAAGCUUACGAACGCCUCAGACCACUUUCGUAUUCGGGAACGGACGUAUUUCUUCUGUGUUUCAGCGUGGAUAACAUCAACUCCUACGAGAAUAUAUCUACAAUGUGGCAUCCCGAAAUCAUCCAUUACUGUCCUAGAACACCGUAUAUUCUAGUCGGCACAAAAACGGAUCUGAGGGAAAAUGGCAACGGCUCGAAUUUCGUAACAAAAUCUAUGGGAAGAAAGAUGGCCGCUAAAAUUAAAGCUGUUAAAUAUGUCGAUUGUUCUGCUAAGUUGCUAGAAGGAGUUACCGAAGCAUUCGAAGAAGCUGUGAGAGCGGUUCUCAAUCCCAAAUCUUCGUCUCAAAUAUUUAAUUGCCGAAUUUUAUAAGUCAAAAUAUUUGUUUGCGGUAGCAUAUACAAUUGUUUAGUUUCUAUAUUCGCGAAUGAGUUCUCGAUAAUAUCAUUAUUCACCAAUUUUAUAAGUUGGAACCUUGCUUGAAUACUCACUACACCAACUUAUUGAUCAUUGAAAAACCAGAGAAUGUACUGUACAUGAAGAUUAAAUGUAUCUUCUGUUAUUUGCAAUUUGAAGUGUUAAUAAAAUUGUUUUCUUCACGGAAAGUUGUGUAAGAACUACAUACUAGAUGUUCUUAAGAUAUUCCCAUUAGAACUUUACGGUUAAGGUAUCAGAUUAAAGCGCUCUGGUGGCUCGGGUUCGAUAACGAGCGGUCAAAAAACCCUGAAGUAUUUUGGAGGGAUAGGCCGUGCUCUUACCCUCAUUAUCCGGUUGUCCCAUUGUGGGUCUAAUCCAGUGGUUCUCAACCUUUCUGAAGCCGGGGAACACCAUUA